AUGGAUGGAGCAGGGAAUAUAUUACCUUUGGCAUACGGAGUUAUAGAUUCGGAAAAUGAUGCUUCUUGGACAUGGUUCUUUGAACAAUUCAAAGAAGCCUAUGGAGAAAGAGAGAAUAUGUGUGUAGUAUCUGACCGACAUAAUAGCAUAAUUAAGGCUGUAUCUAUUGUAUACAACAAUGUCCAACAUUACGCCUGCAUAUGGCACUUGUGGGCUAAUGUAUGUAAGAAUUUUCGAAAAGCAAAUGAUCAAUUGAGUGAAGUAUUCUACACUAUGGCAAAGGCAUAUACUCAAAGUGAUUUUGAUAAGCUAAUGAAAAGGGUUGAGCAGUUUGAUGUAAGGGUUAAGAAUUACUUGGAGAUGGUUGGAUAUGAGAAGUGGGCAAGGUUGUAUGCACCAGUUCCUCGUGGUUGGGUUAUGACAUCGAAUAUUGCAGAGUGCAUCAAUUCGACGUUAGUAGCAGCAAGAGAAUUACCAAUAUUUGACUUUCUUGAACAAGUGCGAUUGAUGUUUGCUAGAUGGAAUUGCACAAAUCGGAAAAAUGCAUCAUGCACAUUCACACUACUUGGGAAGAAGUUUCAAGAGAUGCUUUUGCUUAAUGAAUCAAAAUCGGGGCGUAUGAUGGUUGCCCCGUCAACUGAUUACGUUUAUUCCGUAAGUGAUGAAGGGAAGAGUUAUAUUGUAUGCUUGGAAAAAAAGACUUGCAGUUGCAACAUGUUUCAAGUUGACGGUAUACCGUGCUCACAUGCGUGGAGUGUGUUGAAUAAAAAUCGCAUGCUUCCGGAAGAAUAUUGUUCAGAAUUUUAUAAGCGAGGAACAAUAUUGAAAACAUAUGAAGUCCCUAUAUAUCCUCUACCUGACAAAGGUGAAUGGAACAUACCUGAACACAUUGCUACCGAAGUUGUGUUGCCACCAAAAUUCAAGCGACCUCCAGGAAGGCCAAAAAAGCAACGUGAAAAGUCAUUUAGCGAGCUGAGCAAAAGGAAGGGUACCAAUUCUUGUAGUACAUGUGGACAACAAGGUCAUAAUAGGCGUUCAUGUCGAACUGCAACACGAAAUGCAUAG